AUGUCUCCAAGUGCAGUUACUUCAACUAACGGUAUUGGCAUCGCCAACUUACCGAACCAGCGUCAUAAAAUUGUUGCCAAACGCGGUACCAACUUUACUUUAAUGGUUGUUGGUGAAUCCGGUCUUGGCAAAACAACUUUCAUCAAUACUCUCUUUACUACUACCAUCAAGGAAAAAAAGAACCAAGCAAAACGUCAUGCUAAACAAACAGAUAAAACGGUUGAAAUUGAAAUAACAAAAGCUGAACUCGAAGAAAAAAUGUUCAAUGUUAAGCUCACAGUCAUUGAUACCCCCGGAUUUGGCGACUACGUAAAUAAUAGGGAUAGCUGGUUACCUAUUGUUGAAUUUAUUGAUGAUCAACACGAAUCAUAUAUGCGACAAGAACAACAACCACUUCGUAAAGAAAAGUUGGAUAUGCGUGUUCAUUCCUGUCUUUAUUUCAUUCGCCCAACUGGUCAUACCUUGAAGCCUUUGGAUAUCGAAAUCAUGAAACGUUUAGGUUCUCGUGUAAAUUUAAUUCCUGUCAUUGCCAAGGCUGAUACCUUGACACCAAAAGAUUUGGAAACAUUCAAGAGAAGAGUCAGAGAAGUUAUUGCUGCUCAAAAUAUUCAAGUUUACCAAUGUCCAGUCGAGAGUGACGAUGAAACCAGUACCAAACGCAACAUGAAUAUUAUGGCUGCUAUGCCUUUUGCGAUCAUUGGUAGUGAUCAGGAUGUCAUUGCCCCUGAUGGUCGUAAGGUAAAAGGGCGUCAAUACAGUUGGGGUAUUGCCGAAGUUGAGAACGAAGACCAUUGCGAUUUCAAAAAACUUCGUUCUCUUCUUAUUAGGACGCAUAUGUUAGAUUUGGUUUCCACAACCGAGGAAAAUCACUAUGAGAAUUAUCGCCAAUCACAAAUGGAAACAAGGAAGUUUGGUGAACCCAAACCUAAAAAACUUGAUAAUCCUAAAUUCAAAGAAGAGGAAGAAGCUCUUCGCAAAAGGUUUACCGAACAAGUCAAAAACGAAGAAAACCGUUUCCGACAAUGGGAACAACACCUUAUCGCUGAGCGUGAUCGUCUUAACAAGGAUCUAGAAGCUGAACACUCUCACAUUAAAUCCUUGGAACAGGAAUUGGAACAAAUUCAAGUUACACUUUCAAGCAAAGGUGGCAGAAAGUAA